AUGGAUUGUCGAAGGCCAGCUUCAGUUGACUCAUUAAACAUCCAUCGGCAUCAUCAUAAUCAGGUACAUUAUCCAGGUACUCGUCAUCAACAGAUGUUGCCAACAACGACAAAUACUGGUAUUAUUAAUAGUCACCAAAAAACAUCUAUCUCACCUAAGAGAACAAAUACAACAGUUGGAUGGCCUUCGAGAGAUGACCUUCUAAAUUCCCCAAUUGGAUGUAGUAGUAUUGUUGGUUCUGAGUCACAUGGUUCAUUUUCAGGAGAUAAUCCAUAUCCAUCAUUCAAUAGUAUGGGUAGUAAAAGUAGGAAUUCAAUAGCAGUACAACAACAAUAUCAUAGUUUAUAUGUAGUUUUGUAUGAUUUUCAUGGAGUAUGUGAAGAACAAAUGACUGUUAGAGAGGGUGAUCGUGUAAGGGUAUUAGGUUACAAUUCAACUGGUGAAUGGUGUGAAGCUCAACUUAUUUCAAUGAAAAAAAAUGAUAAAAGAAAAUUAAAUUGUAUUGGUUGGAUUCCUACAAGUUAUAUAGCUUCUGUAUCUUCACUAGAAAAAUUUCCAUGGUAUCAUGGUAAAAUAUCUAGAAAUGAUAGUGAAGUUUUAUUAUCAUCUGGAAUAAAUGGUUCAUUUUUAGUUCGUGAAAGUGAAUCAUCACCGGGUCAAUUUUCAAUAACUGUUCGCUUUGAUACUCGUGUAUAUCAUUACCGGAUUAAUGUUGAUCGUAGUAAUUAUUUAUAUAUAACACCAGAGGCGAAAUUUAAAACAUUAGGAGAAUUGGUUCAACACCAUUCAGUAGAAGCCGAUGGUUUAGUUUGCCAUUUACAAUAUCCUGCGACUAAAAAACAAAAAGGUCCAACAAUGUUUUCUUUAUCUCCAACAAGAUCUGAUGAAUGGGAAAUGGAUAGAAAUGAAAUUGUAAUGAGAAAUCAAAUUGGUUCUGGACAGUAUGGUGAUGUAUAUGAAGGAUAUUGGAAAACAACUGGUAAGACAGUUGCUGUUAAAACAUUAAAAGAAGAUACUAUGCCUAUACAUGAAUUUUUGGCAGAAGCCGCAAUAAUGAAAGAUUUAUCUCAUCCUAAUCUUGUUUUACUUAUUGGUAUAUGUACACGAGAAGCUCCAUUAUUUAUUAUAACAGAAUUUAUGAAUAAGGGUAAUCUUUUAGAUUAUUUAAGAAAAAUUGAAAAAGAUUCUUUGCCAUCAUCAGUUAUGCUUUAUAUGGCUUCACAAGUUGCAUCUGGAAUGGCAUAUUUAGAAAGUAAAAAUAUAAUUCAUCGUGAUUUAGCUGCUAGAAAUUGUUUAAUAGCUGAUGAGUAUGUUGUUAAAGUUGCUGAUUUUGGGUUGGCUAGAUUUUUAAGAGGAGAUGAUACAUAUACAGCUAAAGAAGGUUCCAAAUUUCCAAUAAAAUGGUGUUGUCCAGGUGGUCUAGCUUACAAUACAUUUUCAACAAAAUCUGAUGUAUGGAGUUUUGGAGUUUUGCUAUGGGAGAUAGCUACUUAUGGAAUGGCACCAUAUCCAGGUGUUGAAUUAAGUAAUGUAUACUCAUUACUAGAGAGAGGUUUUAGAAUGGAUGAACCAACAAAUUGUCCAUAUCCAUUAUAUAGGUUGAUGCUACAAUGUUGGAACUGGGCUCCAACAGAUAGGCCUACAUUUAAUGAGCUUUACCAAACAUUACAAUCAGUUUUACAACAAAAUACUUUGGCUUCUGAACUAGAAAAAAGUUGUCACUUUGGAAUAGCAGGGUCAAGGAGAAGGGGUAGUAGCCCUAUGUCAGACGGUGUUACUUCAUUUAAUGGAAAUAGUAAUCGUAUUAGACAUUCUAUUAAAGCUGAAGCUAAUAGGAAUGAUAUAACAACAUUCCGUGGUUCUGGUAACUUUAACCAUGGAUCUUCUCCUUCUACUAGAAGGAGUAGUACCGCUUCAGGAAGUGCUGGACAUCAUCAAAACAGUAGUCAUUCAAAUAAUGUUCAUCCCAUACCACCUCCAGCUGCAGCAAAGAAAAAUGCACUCAAAGCUUUUUUGCAAACAUCAGUAUCAUCUGAUGAUAGUCCCACAACUACAAAUCCCAGCGUUUUGAUGUAUGAAUUACAACAAAAAUCAAGGAAAGUUGCUCCACAAUUUGAUACAUUACCAAAACAACAAAGAAUAGAAGCUUUUCUUGAAUCAAUGAAUCAACAAGCAAUUGGUGAUGACCAUGAAUCUGUAGGAUAUGGAGCAAAAAGUGAUAUUGUCAGAGCAACAUCACAAGAUUCAUUAGAUACUAUACCAAGCUCUGCAAAUCGUCAAAGUGAAUUACUACUUCAAUUAAAAAAUCGUUUGAAAAAGACAAAUACAAUGGAAAAUAUAGCACCACAAACAAUAAAAACAGAUGCCACACCUCAAUAUAUGGCUGAAAAAAUUCAAGCACAAACAAAUAUCUCACCCACAUCUCAAUUUAAACCACUUAUUAAGACUAGAAAAAUAAAUGAAAUAGAGGAAAAAAUAAAUAAAAUAAAGGGACCUACACCUCCACCAAAGACAGUUUCAGUAGAAAAUAAUACUUCAAGAGAGUAUGGUGAGAAUGAAUUAAAAGCAAAGAUAAGAAAAUUAAGGCAUGUUGAGACAAAUAAUAGUCAGGUUAAACCUACAAUAUCAAUAUCCCCUGUUUCAAGUAAUUCACCUACCCCUGAACCUCCACCAAGAACAGAAACUGCUAAAAUAAGAACAAUUCCCACCCAACAACGUGGUCAAUCAUUACAAUCUAGGCCUUUCAGUAUUCAGGGGGGAGAAAUGAAUGUACCAAAUCUUAGAUCAUCCUCGACAACAUCGAGUUGCCAUUCAUCAUCAUCAGAUGAAGUACCUCAAAAUAUGAAAAAUGAGAGUAGGGAAUUGUCUUCUUUUCCACCUAAACUUCCACCGAAAAGAAUAUCUUUAGGGGGUCCAUUAACAGGAUUAAAUUCUGGUAAAAAUGAUUCAUCUUCAUCAUCACCAAAACCUUUCUCGACGUUACAAAAAGCUAAUAAAACAACAGGUUUAAUUGAAAGAUUUCUAAAAACAUCUGAUAAAAAAACUAAACAUAACGGCAGUGCUGAAAGUGUUAUAUCAUCACGACAGGCACAAGAAGCAAAUGGACCAGGGACUUUUCCUAAAUCAAAGUCUACAAGAAUUAUUGGUGAAAAAGAAUUGAAUCUUGUUAGACAAAAGGAGGCUGAAGCAAGGGCAAAUUAUAGAAAGACUGAGUCUGAAGAAUUUGAGGCUACCUUUAAUAAUAUGAGUAGAGCACACAGCUUAAGAGAAAUCAAAUUAAAUCCUGAAAAUAGCCGAAAUUCACUAGUAGGGCAAAAUAAAAAUAAUGUUCAUAUUGAAAGAGAGAAUAGUCAAUUAUUAGGAAAUCCAAUCAUGAAAAGUAAAAAACGAUACAGUUUGAUGAAUGAAGGGUCUACAAAUAAAGAAUUAGAUGUAAUGAAUCCAAUAAAUGAAGUGUCAAAAGAACAUUUAGCUGAUCUUUAUAGAAAAAUCGAAGAUUGCAUAGCAUCAUUCAAAAAUACAACCGGUAUAACACCAACAAUUCGUCCUUCAACAAUUGCAGCAGCAAAAAAAUUGUUAAAAGUAGUAGACAAUGAAAAAAAUCAAAUAAAUCAAUUGAUAAAUUUAAAUAAUCUUCUAUUGCAAUUUCAUUUGAAAUGUACAAUUUAUGCUGAAAAUAUUUCACCGUAUUCAAAGUUUAAAUAUAAUGAUUUAUUAAAACAUGUAGAAAAUAUAAAUAAACAAUUAAAUGAAUUAACAAAAGAUCCUAAAGAUGGAAUAUUGGAUGAGAUGGAGAAAAAUUUAUUAAAUGACUGUAAUAAUUCUUUGAGGCAAGUAAUGCAACUUGUAAAUAAAUAA